UUGAAAUAGUUUGAAUAACUUUAUUUAACUUUGAAUUUGAUAAUAAUUUAAAUUUAAUUUCAAUAACACAACAGUAUAGACAUGUCAUGUGAAAUAUCAGUGACUGAUGUCACCUGAUGUGAAAUAUCAGUGACCGAGUCACUGAGUGAGUCAGUAGUAUCCUAGUCAGUGUCAGUCAAGUAGUAGUAGUUACUGAAGGUCAAAUACAAAAGUGUAUAGUGUAUAUAUUAGGUUUAUUAUAAUUAUAAGGAUGAGAUUGAGAAAUAGUAGGCAAACUUUAACUGUGUAGUAUAAAAAUCAUUGAAGUAGGUGUACAGCCUACGGUAAAUGAUUUAUAAUUUAUAUAACAGAUUUAUUCCGGAUUUAUUAUGAAAUAAGAUUUAUUUUACAUUUGUUAAACAUUAUGAUAACAUAAUUGUAAGUGAAAAUGUGGGUUAAGAACUUAAGUUUAAGAUUAAGUCACUAGAGACUUGACACUUCUACUUGGACUUAUGAUUUUUUUGUAAAAUUACAAAUAGUUAACUGUGUUAGUAUGAACAGGAAUACUGUAUAAGUUAUAAGUAAAUAACUUUUGAGAGCUUCUGGUGAUGGACACAGAAGUUUAGAUUUUACCAGUGACACUGUAAUAGUAUGCAACCAUGAACAUAUCUGGUACGCUGUGUGUGGGAAGUGAUAGUACCAGAGAUACAGUUCAGCUAGCUAAACUAGCCAGAGGAGACCAAGGUGAGUAAUAUCAUGAGGACCAAGGCAAUUGCAAGCAAAAACUUCACCUGGGCAAGACCUAACUUUAGAUGACCUCUUUGCAAAAAAAAAAAAAAAGAAAGAUAUAUCUGAAGAUGGGACCCAGCGCUUGUACCCUCUCAUACAGCCCUGCUGAUGAUAUACAAUUCAAUGAUUCUAUUCUAGAUAAAUAUAACCAAUGGUAAUUUUUUUGUCUAUUAAUUUAUGUUACAAAAGGCUUAGACCAAGGGCUCCAAAUCUAAUUAUCGCCGCACCCCUCUUGAUUUCAAAACAUAUUUCCUGCACCCCCAGGAUAUAAAAUAUUUAUAAAAAUGUAAAUAAACCUGAUUUUUCUGGGUCAUCCUGCACCCCUGUUUAAGAACCCCUAGCUGAGUCGGUUUUCUAAUUAUUUAUUGCAAUUAUAGAUUAAGACAAAAAUCUUUUUACUGGAGUAAAUUAAAGUCUUGCAUCUGCUUUUGUCAAUCAAUUGUGUUUUAUAAUUAAUGGGGAGAAAAUGGGUAUCACCUUUCUAAAUGCCAGAAAAUUUCACGCACAUUCCACUUCUAAUUAUGCUAAUUAUUUAUUGGCUAAGUAUUUUAACAUCUUCAGGCUAUCAUGAGACUGAGGUCAACUUUGGACCAGAGGCUGAUCUCCAUAAACAAUUCAUAAUCUGUGACAAAAAUCCUGGACAUAAAAACUUCAUCCCUAUAUAUGAAUUCAGUCUUGGCCACCUGCCUGAGGACUACAGGUAAAAUAAACUUUACAUUUCUUAUUAAUUUUAUUAUCUCAAAGGGCUAUAUUAUUUCAUGUUUCAUGUUUUAACAUCAUUCUUAAGGGGCAACAAAUGUCUUGUGUUCAAAUUGUUUUAUUUUUUAGCUGAAAAUGUACAAUGCAAUCAAAAAACAUCUCCAUUUAUUUGGAUCAAUAAAAUAAACUUAUUUUAUCUUAUCUUCUGAGUUUUUAGUAAGGCUUGGCUGCCUUGCCUUCUGACUUUUUAUAGUCACUCAUAAAGCAUAAUAUGGUUAAGGCCCUUUUUUAAUGUCAUAUUUUGACAAGAUGUAAAAAAACUUUUUUUUUAUUCCAUGAUAAAGUAUACGGAUACAGUCAGGAAUUUAAACUUGCGUUCAUGCCUUAAUAUCUUUUUAUAAAGACAUUUAUUUCUUGAAUUUUUUUUUUGUUAUAUAAAUACAGUUAGAAUAUGUUUUAUUCUUUUAGAAUUAUAAAAUAUUUUUUUGCGUUUAUCAGAGAUGAGGAUGUGGUCAACUAUAUCAAAGCUCAGGCAGAACUUACCGUCAGAGUGUCCUCAAAAUAUACCAGCCAGAACAGACCUGAAGGCUAUGCCUUCCAUAAUUACAAGGGGAAAAAAUUCCAACGGCUUGGAACAGGUUUCAUACAAUAUGUUUACAGAAAUGAGGCAAGAUCCCGCAAGCCAUGUCCUUGCCCAGAAUGCAAAACUUCUACUCAUCCUCAUUUAGAAUGGGCAAAAGUAAAAGUUAGAACCGCAACUCAUGUUGUUUUUGAUGAUGAGGAGGCCAGAAAUACUGUUGCAGAACUUUUCUACGAUGUGAACAAAGUCAAGGACGAUGUGAAAGUUAUUUACGGAGAUAAUGUCAGAUUUGGGGCACUUCAGGGGGACUGGUGUGACAUGAGGUGUGUGACCCACGACAUGGAGCUUGUGGACCAACUCAAGGACACCUGGGGGAGAUGGAGGUGGCUGGAGACAAAGAUUAAUCAGAAAUACGCCAAUCAUCCUGACCCAAGAUUAGCUGUUGUGGUGAGAUUAGCUAUUGUUGUAAGAUUAACUGUUGUUGUAAGAUUAACUGUUGUGGUAAGAUUAGCUAUUUUGGUGAGAUUUACAUUUUUACAAAGAAAUUUUUAUGUAAUCUAACAUAAUUAAAAAAAAAAAAAACAGAAAAACAUUUAUUAUCAGGUUCACAUAUCAUGGCAGCUUAAGAUAAAUUAUUACUACAGAAUUGUUUAAAAUAUUGACUGUAGCUCUAAUGAUAGGACAUUAUGUUUUUGUGAGCAAGGGGGCCAGCAUCAUAGGUAUGGGGGUUGGGAAUAGUCAAUAAACAUGUGUGAAUGGUCAAUUAAAAUGACCUUCAGAGUUUUCCCCCCAAUGUUUAACAAUGAAAAAUGGAAUCUUAGAUCAUUAAUGUGUAACAACAUUUUUAUGUUGUUCCAGGUAUCUCAUCCCCAUGGUUGUAGCAAGCAGGUCAGUAUUGGGAGCUGGCGGGACCGUGAUGUUGUGGACAGGUCAAGGGAGUUUGAGAACUGCGUCUACACUUAUGACACACCAACAUGCCCAGGAAGCAGUGGGGCCCCUGUCUGGAUCCUGGGAAAGAUGAAAUGGGGAGGAUUCUAUGGGCGGCACCCUCACAGCGGUCGGCCUGUAUCUGGGUUGAAUGUCAGUGCUGUCGGUUGGGAUAGAAGAAUAGUGAAAUAAAGAUUACGAAUUGUUUAGCAGUACUGGUAUUAAUUUUUAUCUGAUUUAUAGAAAUAGUGGCCUAGAUUAUAAGGUAGAAUUUUUUAAAGAAAAUGAAGACCAGGGAAUUUUAGAACUGAUGAAAAGGAUAAAAUAUAUGAUUUUGUUGUUUAGUGUAAAGGCCUUGGAUAUGGGAUGAUCAUGAACUUGUUUUUUUUAUUUGAUUUUGGAUUACAGUAAGAAUCCUGGUAAAUGAUAUUAAAUGUUGUAAAUAAAUGGGAUUAGUUUUUUUAUGUGAUCUUACUUGCCUUGUUGUAUUACUAAAUUUGUAGUAUGCUGUGGAGUUAGUUAAAAAAAAUAAUGAAAAAAAUAAUCUUAAACAUUAUUUAACAACUAUCAUUAUUGAAAGAAUAGAUUGCACCUAGUAAAGCCAAAGUUAACUUCCAAUUAUGAAAUCCAGCAUUUAUCUAGUAUUUGAUCUUGACUCUUUUGCAAAUUACUAUAUUAUUCAAGUAUUAUUUUGACUCUUUUCAUUAAAAUUUGCUUUCAUUCAUAAAAAUACUAUAUCUUUCUACUUUAGAGAAAUAAUCUAUAAAUAAAAUUUAACACUUCAUAAUAUAUGAAUAUAUUUUAUUUCAAGUCUGUAAUACAUAACAUUUAGAACAAAUCUCUGUUUGAUUUAUUUUAAUUUUUUUUUUUAAUUAAAAUUUAUCAUAGGAGUUUUCUCAGAUCAAUUUUAUCAUAUUUUAUAUUUUCCCUGAUCUAUACGUGCCCUGUCUUGCCCCAAACUAGAUAUGUCUCAGAUUUAUAUUUAGGCUUAUUUUGGCCUUGAUGUACUUACUUACUUAUUUUACAUGUAAUAUUAAAAUCCACAAUACCUUUAACAAAAAUUUUUUUUAUACAUGUUAUGAUCAUAAUUUGUUGAACUUUGUUGUCAUUUUGCUGCAUUUUAUGGCUGGCUAUUUCCCCUAUGAUUUUGGUGCAUAUUUAAAUAAAGCAAUUUAAAAAAAAAAAAUUCAUGUACUUAAAAAUGUAAUUAGUUAUUACAACUCUUCCUCCUCCUGCUCACCUCUAUGUGUUCCAAGUCAAUGGCCUAAUAAAUAGUAAUAAUGUCAACAUCUGCACUGAUUUGAAUUGUUUUAUAAUGGAUUUGAAUUGUUUUAUAAUGGCAUAUUAUUAGAAUUGUUUUAUAAUGGCAUAUUAUUAUUUCUAGUGCACAAAUACCUGUUGCCCUGGGA